CCAGUCCCACGGUCGACUCCACACUAUCCAUACUCGGAUCAAGAGGUUUGCUUUCGUUCAGUAUGUUUUGCCUACGCACUUGUAAUAACCGUUUAAUUAUAGUCGAACUAAGUUAGCGUUGUGAGAGGACCACGCUGGAAUUUGUUCAGCAACUUGCGGGAAAAGUUUGGAACUCAUGCUACAAAGUUGCAAACAACGUUUUUGAAUGGAGGCUUCGGUGCUGAGAGCCACAGUGAGGUUCGGAAAGGGGGCGCAGGCUGGGGUCGUAGGCUGUCUGAUCUGACUUUAUAACCAGACAGCAUCCUGUUGCGAGCAGUCAACUGGCCCACCGAGGAGAGGACGGAGCUUCUUCUCGCUAUUAUUCGGAUCUUUAUCCAUUCUGGAGUAGGCCUAGGCAUAAUUGCUUCCGCGGGAUAGCUGACACAUUACGGGAGAAACUGUACUUCAACUUCGGUUCGGGAUCUCCACGUCAGAAUACCCCGUGACAGUGUUCUCUCUCCGCUGCCUGGACUGUACAGUAAAAUCUGUGGUAAUCUUUUACUUUGGGAGUGAGGAGGGUUUGGAUUUUAAUCCUUUCGUUUCAGUUGUUUAUUGUGUUUAACGUUGUUUUAAUUGGCUAGCCUACGUUUUUUUUUUUUGACACAUCGUUUUUUUGUGAAAGUUGUGGCUUGAACCUUGAAUCAGAUCAUAGUUUAUACACAUUUUGUAAUUCACUUCAACAUGGAUAAAUACGACGAUUUGGAUCUUGAGGCAAGUAAGUUUUUAGAAGACCUCAAUAUGUAUGAGGCAUCUAGGGACGGGUUGUUCCGAAUGAAGAGGGAUGCAGGGAACAACUCCGACUUUGAAGAAACCAGGAGAGUUUUUGCCUCCAAAAUGACAAAAAUCCACAUACAGAAACAGCAAGAGGAAAUUGCCAAAAACAAUUUGGCAGUGAGAAUGAACGGGGGUCACAACAGAGCGACAGACAGCACCUUUUACACCAAAGACAGGCCGCCUAUCAAUAGCUACAGACAGGCAGGAGAAGCUGCUGCCAAGCCUCCCAUACUCUCUGGCCCUAUGCCAGGCACCGUCAGUGGCGCGAGUCAGUACGCGCCCUGUGACGCUCUGAAACACCAUUCACCCAGUCAACAGGCAUAUGGCUACGGAAACAAUUACGAUAACAAGGAGCGUUUUGAGCCGCAUUCUUACCACCACGCCUUGAGCCCUGGGAACGCACACACACAUGGCUCUGGUCACCCUGCCAGUCCCUCGGGCACUUGGGCCUCCUACUCGUCCCGGGGUGGCCAGGCCUCCCCAGGAUCCUCCAGCCCUGGUGGAUCAUCAGGCCUUAUGUGCAGCUCAUCUCAGCAGCCCCAACACCACUCACCAUCUCCCUCCUUCUCCGACAGCCUACCAUCUCCAAGCCCCACUAGACUGCACCAGAGCAAGGCUGCCACCCCACUAGUGCGGCAGAGUCCCCCCACGGUGGCUGAUGCUGGGGCUGCAGCAGACUGGAUGCGGAGCUUGGGGAACCCAGACCUGAUAGCACCGCUCCCUCUGAGUGCCUUCACAGGCGGAGCUGACCUGUACCAGCAGCUGUCUCCCCAACCUGCCCAUGUUACACCGCCAACAGGCCCUUACUCUGCAGCACACUCCAUGGCCCCAAGACCAACCACCAACCAGGGAAAUCUAUGCCAGAACGGGCUCUCUCAGAGUCCUGUGGCUGUCCCAUCCCCAGCCCAGCCCAAAGCCACCGCUGGGGCUUACCUUCCUGCCUCUGCCUCUCCCUCUGGAACCAGUGUCUCUAGAAGCUUUGGCCAGGGUCAAGGUGUAGGCCAGGCCCAGGGCAGGCAAGUGGCCAUGGGGGUGGAUGUGCCCUCUGCCCUAGACAGCCAGCUGUCCUCUGGUGGUGAGGCCUGCCAGCUCCGGCCCCAGUCCCAGUAUGAAGCCCCCAGCCCCCCCAGAGCUCUCAAACUGCCCUGCCAGACUCUCCAUGUCCAACCGGAGCAGGGGCCGUCUGCCGCUGAGAUCAAAUUAGAAGCCCUGACCAAGCGUCUAGAGAAGGAAAUGGACGCCCAGCCAAAGGCAGACUACUUCGGUAAGCUUAGUUUGACAUUUUGAUCGACCAGAUCUCUCUUUAUUUAAAUGUACUAUUUCUCUGUGUGGGUCACUGAGUGCGAAAAUGGCCCGCUGUUCAAAACUUUUCACCACGUUAAUUUAACCUUGUCUUUGUGUAUGUAUGUGUGUGUGUGUGUGUGUGUGUGUGUUGGUUCACUCAUGCCAGAUCAAGUGGCAUAGUUGUGAGGGGGUCCUAGCGGUCAUUCUGUCUUUGUGUAUGUUUCUGAUCAUCAUGGCUGAUGCUGUUGUUCAGUGUUGAACUCUACAGACAGACAGACAGACAGACAGCGUUUAGCCAGAGUCCUCUCUUCUGUUCUCUUCUCCGUCUUUUAGUCUAGAAUGAAUAAUUGUCUAAUUUGUUUCUUCUCGCUCUCCUUAAAUCCUCCCGUCUGUGUAUGUCACUGCCUGCCUGCCCGCCUACCUCUCAGUAAUAAUUAACAAACGUUUUAAUAGUUCCGGCUGAGGCUCGGCCCAGGGCCAACCAGGAGAAGGUUGUCUUCUCCUUUCCCCUCCCUUCAACUGUAAUACGGCUGGUGGAUUAAGUGGAGGUCACAUCAAUAACAUCAUUAAUUAGUAACAGGAUAUUGGCUGCUUUCUUUUAGAUCAGCACUGCGCUUUCAUCAUCUUCUGUAAAACAUCCAUUCUCUCUCUGAUCACAUCCAUUCUCUUGUCAUGUGUUUGGCUGUUUGACUCAGUCUUUCCAAAUAACAUCAUCACAUUGCAGAGCACAGACCUGGGCUUGCACAUUCUUGCUCUAAACCGCCAUGUGCAUGUGCACGCACACACACACAUAGGCAUGCACACACACACCUUUUGUACGCAGCCACAGUCUGGGGAAUACAGACAAUGACAACUGAAUAACAACACCUGUUAGUGUUUUUUCAUGUAGCCUGUUGCUGCCCUGGGAUACAUGACAUCAGUCUCUAGUAUAGUUUAAUUUAAGUACAGAUUAAUAUAUAACUGGUUACGAGUAAAUUGACACUUUCCUCUUUAUUAAUGCAGAAAUAACUAUUGAAUACAACAUUUGUGCCCAAUGUGUGCAACAGGAGACAUGGAAGUGAAAGAGCACAUGUUUGGUGGGGCUGAUCUACAGAUGAGACAACCAUAGAGGAAGAAAGGAAGAGAAAAAUAGAAAAGGAGAGAGUGAGAGAGAAAGAGGUAGGGCAGGAGGAGGAAUUUAACUGGUCAGCAGAAACAGAUUCGUAAAGGGCCCAAGAGCAUUGCUUUCUGUUCCUUUUAUUAAGCUAGUGCCACGCAGCACCCAGUUUGCGCGCUCUCUGGAAAUUGUUAUGUGGAGGUAAGGGGGGGAAAUAAGUGCUUGGCUGUCUUUCCCCCAGCUAUACUGCUGUACUGUUGUACUGUACCAGACCUGUACUCUGUGUGCUGCAGAUAGACCAGUUGACAAGGUGUUUAUUACCCUGCUCUGAGAGCCCAGUGCCAGUCUAGUUCUGUUACUCACACUGACACGGUACCCAUGGAAAAUAUGUCCUAUAGGUAGGGCCAGGAGCUUUUCCUCCUCACCAGAUGACCCUUUCAGGAAAAACUACAUACGCUAGUAGUCAUAGGUUAUGACAAGGUUAUAACUCCUUGUCCUAAGUAUGUACACUACCAUUUAUGUACAGUCAUUAUUAAGACUUGGGUGUGACUGACAAUGUUGAUUUGGGAGAAAGUUUAGUUCACAUGCAUGCUUGGGUUAGGCAUGUUGAGGCAAGGCCAGUCGUCAAAACGGGACGUCCAGCCGAGAGAGAGAGAGAGAGAGGAACAACGAGAGAGAGGAACAGAUAGAGAGAAAGGAAGAGUGAGAUGGCGUGAGAGGAGAGAUCUCUCGUGCACUUGUCGAGCGCUCAUAAAGCAUCCCUCUGCCGCCUCAUAAAAGGAAUUUCCUGCAGGAACAAGGAACGUCAGUCAGGAUUGUAAUUCAAAAACCCCGUCCCAGCCCCCCAGAGUCCACUAAUUCAGUAUAUAAGGGAAGAUGUUCUGGGGCAUGUCACUGUCAUGGUGAACACACACACACACAGAUUCAUAAACACACAUGUUAACAUGUUAUAGAGAUUGCUGUGGGGGGCCGCAGUGGAAGAUGGUAUAAAGUUUGCGUAUGACAAUACUGUAAUGUUGACACACGCACAGCACACACACCCACCACACACUCAUUUUCUGCGUCAUGCUGUCAUGCCAGAAAAUAGCCUGCGUGGCGGACAGGUGCAGUUCCUGGCCUGUUCUACAUACUGAACAGAAAGAGAAGCUCCAUUCCUGACCUACUUUUUCCACUGAAAGGAGAGGAGUAUUCUCUUAGCCUGAACCAUAGGCUUGGCUACUCAAAGAGCAAGCAAUGCAGAUGCAGAAGCACAGUGGCUUGGAAAAACUCCCUAGACAGGCAGGAACCUAGGAAGAAACCUAGAGGAACCAGGCUCCGAGGGGUGGCUGUGUCAGGUGAAGAUUAUAAGAGUACAUGGCCGUUAAGACCAGAUUGUGUUGAGUUACUCCUCUCUACCAAGCUCUAUAGCUAUGUUAAGAACCAUAAUACUAUGGGAAUGAUGACCUAUUCCAGGGUUAUCAGUUCAAUAUUUGGUGUCAUUUAUUAAAGGAUUGCCUAAUUUGUAUGAUACAGUAUAUUAUUGACCAAUUUGACUAUAGAGUAUUAAGUAUGUAAGCCACAUUUACACUGGGGGCAUAUACCUAGUGAUUUAGUAGGUUAUUUUAAAAGGGAGAUUAGUGUAGCUGUACUAAAGGCUCAUAUGGUCACCUCCCAAAUGAUACCCUAUUGCAUAUUUAGUGCACUACCUUUGACCAGGGCCCAUAUAGUAGUGCACUAUAUAGCGGAUAGGGUGCCAUUUGAGAUGCAUGCCUAGUGAGUUCUAGCCAGCUAGGGCUGGGGUCUCUCAUAUCAUAUACACUCUGCUCUGAUUGGCAGAGCAAAAGCUCGAGGUUCUGGGAAACUGAGUUUGGUGCCAAAAGGCUGCACCGGGGGAACACAGAGGAAUGUCUGGAGGACAGGACGGGGCUGAGGAAUAUAAAGAGGGGGUGGGGAGCACACUUAGUUUCAUAAAUGAUUAGAUUAGCAGAAGGUACUUAGGGUUAAUUUAUAGAACGUUUUGUCACGUCUUUGGCCGUGAGAGAGAGAGCGGGAGGGAGGGAGGUAGAGCAGGGAGAGAGGCAGAGCGGAGAGCAGAUUUAUGGGUGGGAGGUCAGAGAGGAAGAGCGAGUGGUGGGACAGGACAGAGGGUGGAGGGGAUCCCUGUCCACACACACACACACACACACACACACACACACACACACACACACACACACACACAUAGAUAGUAGAGGUUGAGUGCUUUGCUUUGUGUUGUGAUUAAGGAUGGCUUUCUCCCAUCAGGCUGUCAGUCUGUCUGUGGACUGGACAGUUUACCUUAACUCUUCCCAGGGUUUCUUGGCUUCUGCUUUGGCACUCAAUCUGGACCCCUGACAAGUCCUGCAGGAAGCCUUUGUGUAUGUGUGUGUGUGUGUGUGCAUUUCUCUCUCUCUCCUCUUUCUCCUCCAUCUUUAUCUCUCUCUGUGUCUGGGCCUGGGUCCUUGCUUCAGUGUUUGAUUGGUUGUUUAAGUAAAUGUGUGUGUGUUCGUGUAGUGAAAGAAUGCUUUUGUGAUGUUAGGCUGCUGUUUUGGGUGGGACCAGUGUUGAUGUGAUUUCAUGAUGUCCUAGCCUUGGAUUCUGCCAUAUGAUACACAGAAAAAAUGUUUAAAAUAAUAUUACACGACUACUAUAAUAACUAUUACUAAGUGCAAUAGUCUUGUUUGGCUUCUAACAUGACAAGUCAACUGCCAUAAUAUGAAGUUCCUGUCAGUCAAUUGUUAUCAGUGAUUGUGGAGGUAUAUGAAGAGGCUUGUUGUGUGCCAUUAGGCAGCAGUAGAGGCAGACGUUUUGGGAGUUUUGACAGCUGGGCUGGUGUGUGGGGGUUGAGGUGAGGGGGAGGAUGGGGGGUGAAGUUUUGGCUCUGUGUUUUGAUUCCCUUCCCCCUUCACCCAUGCUCUCGCAACCGUUAAAGAAAGAGCUCUCUAUAAAAUCACAGGGGUUUUGGAAUAUGGGACUUCUGCCGAACACAGUUUUGCUGCUGUUCAAUCAGGUAGGAAAAUGUUGCUUCUUUAACUAAGAAUGUUUGUCCUAAACAGGAAGCAGUUUGUUUGGUUGUUUAUGUAUCCCUCUUACUUUUCAGUGCAUUUUACAGUUUCAAUGGAAUGUACAUUACAAACAACAACUGUGACUUUAAACUCUGGUAGAAAAUCAUAAAAUUCUCCGUUUUGGAAAACUAAAGUUGAGCUAAACAAACCCAACCCAGUUCUUGCUGUAAGAUGUUACCCCACUCUUCCACCAAGGCACCUGCAAGUUCUGGGACAUUUCUGGGGGGAAUGGCCCUAGCCCUCACCCUCCGAUCCAACAGGUCCCAGACGUGCUCAAUGGGAUUGAGAUCCGGGCUCUUCGUUGGCCAUGACAGAACACUGACAUUCCUGUCUUGCAGGAAAUCACGCACAGAACGAGCAGUAUGGCUGGUGGCAUUGUCAUGCUGGAGGGUCAUGUCAGGAUGAGCCUGCAGGAAGGGUACCACAUGAGGGAGGAGGAUGACUUCCCUGUAACGCACUGCGUUGAAAUUGCCUGCAAUGACAACAAGCUCAGUCCAAUGAUGCUGUGACACACCGCCCCAGACCAUGACGGACCCUCCACCUCCAAAUCGAUCCCGCUCUAGAGUACAGGCCUCGGUGUAACGCUCAUUCCUUUGACGAUAAAAGCAAAUCCGACCAUCACCCCUGGUGAGACAAAACCGCGACUCGUCAGUGAAGAGCACUUUUUGCCAGUCCUGUCUGGUCCAGCGACGGUGGGUUUGUGCCCAUAUGCGACGUUGUUGCCGGUGAUGUCUGGUGAGGACCUGCCUUACAACAGGCCUACAAGCCCUCAGUCCAGCCUCUCUGAGCCUAUUGCGGACAGUCUGAGCACUGAUGGAGAGAUUGUGCGUUCUUGGCGUAACUCGGGCAGUUGUUGUUGCCAUCCUGUACCUGUCCCGCAGGUGUGAUGUUCGGAUGUACCGAUCCUGUGCAGGUGUUGUUACACGUGGUCUGCCACUGCGAGGACGAUCAGCUGUCCGUCCUGUCUGCCUGUAGCUCUGUCUUAGGCAUCUUACAGUACGGACAUUGCAAUUUAUUGCCCUGGCCACAUCUGCAGUCCUCAUGCCUCCUUGCAGUAUGCCUAAGGCACGUUCACGCAGAUGAGCAGGGACCCUGGGCAUCUUUCUUUUGGUGUUUUUCAGAGUCAGUAGAAAGGCCUCUUUAGUGUCCUAAGUUUUCAUAACUAUGACCUUAAUCGCCUACCGUCUGUAAGCUGUUAGUGUCUUAACGACCAUUCCACAGGUGCAUGUUCAUUAAUUGUUUAUGGUUCAUUGAACAAGCAUGGGAAACUGUGUUUAAACCCUUUACAAUGAAGAUCUGUGAAGUUAUUUUGAUUUUUACGAAUUAUCUUUGAAAAAGGGACGUUUCUUUUUUUGCUGAGUUUAGUUAACAGAAAAGGUUGAUUCAUACAGGUAUAUAUAGCUCAUUCCUAUAUUGUGUUACAGUAUCGGCGGUAGAGUCAUGAUAGGCAGGACAAAUGGCUUGAAGCCAGUCACAGGUUAUAAGGCCAGACUAGAGGACUGUGUUGUAGUUAACAGGAGAGGUUGAUUCAAUUCGGUAUAUACACUGAGUAUACUAAAUAUUAGGAACCCCUUCCUAAUAAUGAGUUGAACCCCCCCCCCCCCCCACUCCUUCAUUUUUUGUCCGCAGAACAGCCUCAAUUCGUCGAGGCAUGGUCUCUACAAGGUGUUGAAAGCAUUCCUAACGGAUGCUGACCAAUGUUGACUCAAAUGCUUCCCACAGUUUUGUCAAGUUGGCUUGAUGUCCUUCGGGUGGUGGACCAUUCUUGAGCGUGGAAAAACCCAGCAGCGUUGCAGUUAUUGACACAAACCGAUGCGCCUGGCACCUACUACCAUACCCCAUUCAAAGGCACUUAAAUCUUCUGUCUUGCCCAUUCACCCUCUGAAUGGCACACAUACACAAUCCAUGUCUCAAUUGUCUCAUGGCUUAAAAAUCCUUCUUUAACCUGUCUCCUCCCCUUCAUCUACACUGAUUGAAGUGGAUUUAAAAAGUGACAUCAAUAAAGGAUCAUAGCUUUCACCAGGAUUCACCUGGUCAGUCUAUGUCAUGGAAAGAGCAGGUGUUCUUAAUGUUUUGUAUAAUCAGUUGACCACCCUUUGCCUCCAGAACAACCUGAAUUCUUGGGGGCAUGGAAACAUUGCUCAGUUGGUAUCAAGGGACCUAAUGUGUGCAAGGAAAACAUUCCCCACACCAUUCCACCACUGUACCAUUGACACCAGACAGGAUGGGGCCAUGGACUCAUGCUGCUUACGCCAAAUCCUGACUCUGCCACCAGUAUGACGCAACAGGAGUUCGUCGGACCAGGCAAAGUUUUUCCACUCCUCAAUUGUCCAGUGUUGGUGAUUGUGUGCCCACUGGAGCCGGCUUUCUUGUUUUUAGCUGAUAGGAGUGGAACCCCUGUGUGGUCAUCUGCUGCAAUAGCCCAUCCGUGACAAGGACAGACGUGUUGUGCAUUCCGAGAUGCCGUUCUGCACACCACUGUUGUACUGCGCCGUUAUUUGCCUGUUUGUGGCCCGCCUGUUAGCUUGCACAAUUCUUGCCAUUCUCCUUCGACCUCUAAUCAACAAGCUGUUUUCUCCCACAGGACUGUCGCUGACUGUUUGUUGCACCAUUCUUGGUAAACCCUAGACACCGUCAUGCGUGAAAAGCCCAGGAGGCCGGCCCUUUCUGAGAUACUGGAACCGGCGCGCCUGGCACCGUCGAUCAUACCACGCUCAAAGUCGCUUAGGUCACACGUUUUGCCUGUUCAAUCGAACAGUAACUGAAUGCCUCGAUGCCUGUCUGCCUGCUUUAUAUAGCAAGCCACGUUCACGUGACUAAUUGUCUGUAGGAGCGAACCAUUUUCGUGAACGAGGUGGUGUACCUUAUAAACUGUGCAUAGCUCCUUCAUUUCUAUAUUGUGUUACAGUAUGAAGAGGAGAACUUAAUGUUGUCUCUUGUCUGUGGCUGACAGUGGAUGCGUUGCAAAUGGUACCCUAUUCCCAAUGUAGGAAAUAGGGGGGACAUUUGGGACGCUGACAGCGUGUUAGGGGAAGAGGCAGACAGACGUAGUGCCUUGUGAUGUCUGUCUGCAGGAGAGCAGGCCAGAGACAGAAGCUUCUUUGUCAGUGGCCAGGCGAGGCGGUACUGUCCCUGGCGUGGUCUUCGUCCCCCUGGGGAAUGUUGUGUGUGUGUAACACACUGUUGUUUCAGCACUGUGCCAUGCCAUGCUGCUGUGGGCUCAUGUUGUUCUGUUACCACAUCUCUCUCAGCACACUGCUAACCUCUCAGCUCAGUCAGAAGACCACAGCACACAAAACACCUCACAGGACACAUGACACGAGCUCUUUCUAUUUUCACUGGACUCUUUCUCUCUCUCUCUCUCUUUCUCUUUCUUUCUCUCACUCUUUCUCUUUAUCUCACUCUUUCUCUCUCGCUCUCUUACACUCUCUUUCUCUCCAUGGAACUUUCCACCUCCGCUGCCUGUCAGCUGACUAGAUUAGACAGUGGCUUGCGAAAGUAUUCACCCCCCUUGGCAUUUUUCCCAAAGUCAAUACUUUGUAGAGCCACCUUUUGCAGCAAUUACAGCUGCAAGUCUCUUGGGGUAUGUCUCUAUAAGCUUGGCACAUCUAGCCACUGGGAUUUUUGCCCAUUCUUCUAGGCAAAACUGCUCCAGCUCCUUCAAGUUGAAUGGGUUCCGCUGGUGUACAGCAAUCUUUAAGUCAUACCACAAAUUCUCAAUUGGAUUGAGGUCUGGGCUUUGACUAGGCCAUUCCAAGACAUUUAAAUGUUUCCCCUUAAACCACUCGAGUGUUGCUUUAGCAGGGUGCUUAGGGUCAUUGUCCUGCUGGAAGGUGAACCUCUGGCCCAGUCUCAAAUCUCUGGAAGACUGAAACAGGUUUCCCUCAAGCGCCAUCCAUCAUUCCUUCAAUUCUGACCAGUUUCCCAGUCCCUGCAGAUUAAAAACAUUGGGGUGAUGAGAAAUGUUGGGUUAGCACCAGACAUAGCGUUUUCCUUGAUGGCCAAAAAGCUCAAUUUUAGUCUCAUCUGACCAGAGUGCCUUCUUCCAUAUGUUUGGGGAGUCUCCCACAUGGCUUUUGACAUUUUUUCUUAUUUUUUUCUUUAAGCAAUGUCUUUUUUCUGCCCUCAAUUCCGUAACGCCCAGCUCUGUGGAGUGUAUGGCUUAAAGUGGUCCUAUGGACAGAUACUCCAAUCUCUGCUGUGGAGCUUUGCAGCUCCUUCAGGGUUAUCUUUGGUCUCUUUGUUGCCUCUCUGAUUAAUGCCCUCCUUGCCUGGUCCGUGAGUUUUGGUGGGCGGCCCUCUCUUGGCAGGUUUGUUGUGAUGCCAUAUUCUUUCCAUUUUUUAAUAAUGGAUUUAAUGGUGCUCCGUGGGAUGUUCAAAGUUUCGGAUAUUUUUUUAUAACCCAACCCUGAUCUGUAUUUCUCCACAACUUGGAUCUGUUCGGAGAGCUCCUUGGUCUUCAUGGUGCCGCUUGCUUGGUGGUGCCCCUUGCUUAGUGGUGUUGCAGACUCUGGGGCCUUUCAGAACAGGUGUAUAUAUACUGAGAUCAUUUGACACAGAUCAUGUAACACUUAGAUUGCACACAGGUGGACUUUAUUAACUAAUUAUGUGACUUCUGAAGGUAAUUGGUUGCACCAGAUCUUAUUUAGGGGAUUCAUAGCAAAGGGGGUGAAUACAUAUGCAUGCACCACUUUUCCGUUAUUUAUUUUUGAGAAUUUUUUGAAACAAGUUAUUUUUUUUCAUUUCACUUCACCAAUUUGGACUAUUUUGUGUAUGUCCAUUACAUGAAUUCCAAAUAAAAAUCAAUUUAAAUUACAGGUUGUAAUGCAACAAAAUAGGAAAAACGCCAAGGGGGAUGAAUACUUUUGCAAGACACUGUACUGCAUGAUUAGCUGUGUGUGUGUGUGUGUGUGUGUGUGUGUGUGUGUGUGUGUGUGUGUGUGUGUGUGUGUGUGUGUGUGUGUGCGUGUGUGUGUGCGUGUUUGGUAGGAACACUUGGGUCUUUUAUCACAGUGUUCAUGUGACAGACUCCUCUAGGCCAGAGCCAAACCAAACAAGCAGAUUGGAAUAUAUUUCCCCUUCAAUGAUACAGCAUGGCUAACUGAUUUCCUUUGACUGUUGUUAGGCUUUUUUCAUUCCAUUGUUUGUGUCUGGUUUUAUCAGUCUGCUUGUUAUGGAUCCAGUUCUCAUUAGUGUUAUGGAAUGGGUACAAUUCUAACGUUCUAUUCUAACAGGACAACUGCUUAUGACUGAGACAGUGGUAGUGCCCAAGUACAUGACGGUAGCAUAGUUAUUUCUGCACAAUGUGUGUGUGUGUGCGUGUGUGUGUGUUCAUGUCUCUGACCUGGCUGUUGUGUUGUGUUCCAGGGAGCUGUGUGAAGUGUAACAAGGCGGUGUACGGAGCCACUCAGGCCUGCCAGGCUAUGGGAAGCCUCUAUCAUGAUGUCUGCUUCACCUGCAGCGCCUGCAGUAAGUACUACACUAACUAAUGAAACACUCUAUACAGUAAACCCUGUCUACCUCACCUACUCUCUCCUUACCUCUAACAUGACACCUACUUCACCUGAAGCAAGUAACCUACCACUGUUUCCCCUGUAUUAAUAUAUAUAUAAUAUUAUUUUUUUUUAUGGAUGGUGAAGCGAUUUCUGUGUAAACUUAAACGACUUAAACAAGAUAUAAAGUAUGUAGAAAAUAUAAUGGAGCUAUAUAUUUUUAAAUAAGAUCAUCUUUUGAGAACUAACAAUCACCAAAAUAUAAACUAGACAGGGAGAAUCUAAAAUUCUAAAAAUGUCAUGGCAUGGGGCCCCCAUUGAUUUUGUUAUAAUGUUUUAGUUACUCAGAUAGCAUAAGAACUUAGCGAGGAAAUUAGCUUUAAAAACUGCACAUUUGUCUCUCAGCCCCAUGACAAAAUGUGUAGAAUUGCAGGAAACUAGUUUUAAAACGGUAAAAAUGUUCUCUGUGCCCCAUGGCAAAAUGUGUAUAAUUGCAGUAAAUUAGCUAUAAAACAGCAACAUGUUGUCUCUGCGGCCAAGAGGACAGCAUCUAAAAUUCAGCCUCUAAAAUUUUUUAUGUAGACUGCGCCAUUGGCCACGCCCACUACCACGACCACUACCACGCCAGCCACCCCCCAAACUUACUGAUCUAUAUACACAAACAAAACCUGCCUCACUCACUCUUUCCUCACCCUCUGUGUACACGCAUGUACGCACACACACACACACACACACACACACAGAGUCACCUACUCCAGGAUUUCUCAAAUUCGGUUCUAGGUGACUCUGGGUGCACGUUUUGUUUUUUGCCCUAGCACUACACAGCUGAUUCAAAUACUUGAUGAUCAGUUGGUUAUUUGAAUCAGCUGUGUAGUGCUAGGACAAAAACCACAAUGUGCACCCAGGCGUAGGGGCCCCAGAACCGAAUUUGGGAAACCCUGACUUAUUCCACCCAGUGUGUUGAAGGCCCCCAUGCACCUCAUGGCAGAUCAUGUUGCUGUGAGUUGUAUUGUUUUCUGAGCUCCUGUUCUACUAAAUGAACAGCCCACACAAAGAGAAGAGAAUGCCACAUCAGAACACACAGACCCUGGGACAUGAAGGUAGAUCACCAUAGUUCAGCUGCAGUUUAGUGGCUCAUAGAUUCAACAAAUCAAUCGAUGUGAUUCAGUUACUCAGGGAUUCAGUAGUUCACCAACUUUAUGGUUCAGUGUCUCACUGAUUUAGUGAUGUUCAGCUGGGAUGAUUCCCUGGCUGCAACAAGUUUGCUUCCCCCUUCCCUUGGCCUCUGUCUUCUCACCUCCCCUGACCUCUGCAUCUCCCAUAGAUGAGCUUGGCCCUGUGUUUUCACUGUGAUCUCCUUACUAGAACUUCAGAGGGAUUCCAGAGCCAUCCUGUCUAGAUGGUUGCUGCUUUAGGUAUCUAUAGAUGAGUCGACCAAUUAAAAUCCCCCUUUGGAGAUGAUCUCUGACCUCUGCCCAUGCCAAUUAGAGGGCAGUGUGAGGCCUCCUGACCCCUGACCUGAAAGCUCAUGCUCUACCAUCGCUGAUUAACACACCCUGUGUUGUUGUUUAUGUGCCCAACCGUUUGUGUGUGUGUGCUUGUGCGUGUGUGUGAGCGAGAGAGUGUGACUGUGAAGGCACUAAAAAGAAGAGCCACGGAAUGGAGAGAGUUAGGGAAGCUGGUGGGGUGUAAACUGGGGGGAGUUAGGAGGAUACACCAUACCGCCCAUACCCUUCUCCAUCUGAGGGCACAGAGGCUGCGGCCGGCUCCACGGGGAGAGGGGCCGGGGAGGAAUGCAGGCGUAAGGGGCCUCAGGGUGGGAGUCCGAGGAGAGGACACAGAGUGGUGUUAUGCCAGCUGGACACAGGGAGGUAGGGGAGCACGGGGCAAGACAGGAGGACCAUUCAGAACUACCCACCACACACUGGCAAGUUCCACCUACGCCGGAACACACACACACAAACAUACACACACAGCAACUGUCUUGUUAAGCAGAUUCUCCCUCCCCUCUACCCCCCUCUACCACCUUCAUGGUUCUUUUGUUGCAUGACAGAAUCUUUAUGACCCUGAACUUAAAAUACUUAAAGGGGAAUGUCUCCCCCCUUCCACAAGGUGCCUGGGAGACAGGCAGGGUGGAGGUAGGGGGGAGGCAGAGGGGAGGCAGUGGGUGCAUCCUUUGAUAUCUCCCCCCUUCCACAAGGUGCCUGGGAGACAGGCAGGGUGGAGGUAGGGUGGAGGCAGGGGGGAGGCAGUGGGUGCAUCCUUUGAUAGGUAGGAGGAUAGUUCAAUCUGCAUGUCUAGGACAGAAGACAGAAGACGCAUCGCUCACAGAAGGUUCCAGUUAGAGCAGCUAAUUAUUGACUCUUCUAGAACGGUCACAAGCAUGCCUCUUUAAAACACCACCACAAAGCACUCAACCCCCUUUAACGCCCUAUAACUCCCCUUCACCCAGGGGAGAUAUGGGCUUGUUUGUAAAAGAGGAGAAGGGCUUACAGGUCUAUUCAAGUGGGCUAUAGAGUGGGCUUCUAGGUAGUCUAUGACAAUAAUCUGUUGGUCAAGACAAAGGGCUGUUAGAAGGAGCAACGAAAGCAGAAGGUGAGCGGAGACAGCAAAGCUCCAGCAGGACGCUAAAGCCUAGAGUAGGUGGGAAUGAGAGGGAAGGAUUGUGGGGGAUUACACAUCUCAGCCUCAGAGCAGAUCAGCAGACUAGACGGCUGGGAAACGCCCUGGACGGGAAAUGACAUGGGCAGCAAGUGGUUUUAGUCGCCAUGACGCCUAUGAUAUUUUUGCCACCAUGAAUUGUAAUGUUUUACUUUCCUUUUAAGACCUUUAUUUAUUUUGCACCAUCAUUCUCAUUCAAAUGCUCAUCAUACUCAGAACUUUGGACCAGAGAUAAUGGAGCACCUUUAAUAGCAGAGAUAUUUGCGUCUAAAAAAGUGUUGUCUUUGCAAUGUCUCCCUCAAUAAAGAGGGCCUGUUCUCACAAACGUAGAGUCUAAAUCUGCCCUCACGACACACAGUUAGGCAGUCAUUUCCUAACUUUUCCCAAUGGAACUUCAUUUGGCAUGAUUUGAUCAAGCGGAGAGUAGCGUAGUGUGUGUGGACUAGAGCAUUUGGCUGAGGUGAGACUGGAGGUGGGUUGGUUUUUUGUGAGAACAGAAGUGUAAUUGUUGUUGUGAACCUAUCAGGUCAGGAUACAACAGGCCCUGCUGUGUCCUCAGCCCAACCAAUCCCAACCCACCUUACAACAUCAGCCUCUCCAACUAAUCUUCUGCCUCUGGAGAACACAAACAUGGAUUGGCUGUGACGUUAGUGAUCUGAAAACUGCUGUGAUUUGAAUGCUGGCACUCUUAGAUGGUGGAUAGUUUGUCAAGCUAAAACACCCUACCCUGUCCCGGUGUCCACACUCUAGAUCUGAUAAAUGUGAUUGAGUAAGGGAGGACAUUGCUGUGAGUAACAAUUUCUUCCAAAUAAACACUUAAACCCUAUUGGACACAUGUUAUUGUGCUGGGGAAAUAAGGAUUAGAUAGGAUUAAACUAAAUGAAUCUAAAUUCACAUACUUGUUGAGAACCAUUACAGCUUUUCUAAGGAAGAAUGGGUUAUGGGUAUUAUGAACGUUUUCAGCACAUGUGAAAUGUGGUCCAUUCUCUUUUGCUGUGAUGGCAUCUGAUCUGUGCUUUCUCACAUAGCUCUUGUGAUUUCCUUCCUAGAUUGCUAGUAUUUAUAGUACAGUAAUAGACAGGGUUAUAAAUAAUUAAUGAAAGGUGUUGGAGAAGUGCACAGAUAGAUCUUAGAAUCAACCUUGAGGUAUUAAAGAAUGUUUUCAUUAGAAAACGGCCCAGGCCUGUGUUUUUUUUUCUGUCUCUUAGGCAUUUAUUAUUUAUAUGAGGGGGGAAAUAGUCGUAAUUCUUCUGGAACUCUUUCAUUACUGCCAGCCCAGACUUCUUCUGACAUUCAUUAAUCUUAUCUUCUCACAAGGCUCCCUGCCUUCUCUCUCUCUCUCUCGCUCUCUCUCUCUCUCUCUCUCUCCAAAAAGACAGGAAUGUGAAGAAGUGUUCAUAUCUCACUUUCAUCCCCCAUUCCCUCCAUCAUUAUUUUCUUUGUUCCUGAGGGAAAUUAAGGGGAAAAUAGGGUUAUUAAAUUAUGAUUAUUUAAGGGCCAGUUUUGUACCUUUUCCUGAUGCAGAGAUUAUUGUAUUUUUUUGUUGUUGUAUCGAUUGCCUUUCUGACCUUGAUAUUGUCGGUUAUCCCACCGAAGUACCGGCAGGAUAGGCAUGUUACAAAGGGAAAAUGUUGUACAUGAUAAGACCGUUAGUUCAGAGUUUUGUCAGGAAGCUUGGCCAGUUUCAUAAUGUUAGUGCAUGCGUAGGUUAAAAGCCUUGAUAGAAGUACAGUACAGGAUGUCUCAUUGUUUGGCUCCUCAUGUCCAUAAGAGGAUCAAACCCUUCAGAUGGUUGCUGUGGGCUUUCAGGAGCUCUACUGUGAUUUAAUGUCUAUUUUUGUUACCCCUGAGAUGGUCCCACAUGGCAUUAGAUGUUUUUAGGAUAAUGUGGGUUCUGGGUUUAUCGCGGAUUUAGAGUUAAAGUACCAGAGAGGAGGAAUCAGUGGAAAGUCUUAUUUUUCCCUUCUUUUCCCUGGGGGGAGGGGUCACUAGGGUCAUGUUCAGUAGGGGAGAAAACAUUUUGAAACUUAGGGAAACGGGGAGGUACUACCUGAACUUCAGUGUUCUUAUUGGACAAAACUACCUGAACUGUCCAAUAAGAACACACAUGUCCGUUUUCCAUUGCAAAAGGUUUUGCUACAGUGUGCUCUAGCUGUUUGUCUGAACUCUGCUGCCCCCUCAAUGCCAUGAUCAGGUCACCACUGGUAUCAUUGCAACCGGUGCGCUGCUCUUCUCUCCAUCCCAGGCCUGUUGUAUUAAGAACCCCAUUCCCUCAGCCAGGCUUCUCUGACAAUGAGACCUGUGAAUAAAACAUAUUAGUUCCUAAUUGGUUAGUGAUUCUUUUAGCACCACCGCUCUGCUCACCUUCCGCCAUUUUUGAUUAGUCUAACUUGUGUAGCUAAUAGCUCUGUUGCAGCCAGGAGAUGAAGAAGGCUCCCAUUCACUAGUGUUAACCCACUCCUCUCUCUCUCCCUCCUCCCUCCUUCACCUCCUCCCUGAAAAUGUGUGGAAUGUUUCCCCUUCCUGUGGGACAUGGGCUGUAGGAAUGGAGGGAGGGGAGGAGAGAAGGGGGUAUAUUAUGAAGGAGAGGGGAUUCAGACAGACAGACAGAGACAGGAAGUGCUCUCGGUGUGUGGAUCGAUCUUGGAGAGAACAGACAAAAAGCAGGAAAGAAGAGGGAAAGAAGGAGAGCUAGUGCUGCCUCUGGGUCUGAGGCCUGGGUCUCUCUCCCUCUCUCUCUAUAUCUGUCUCUCUCUCUCUUUGCCAUGUGAAGCAAACCAUUAGAGAACUCUGUUUUAAUCAGUUACGCUCUGUUUAGUCAUUGUAUUCAAUCACACAAUUUUUCCCUCAUGUGGUAGUGAUUGUCUGAGCGAGGCCCCAGAUGUGUUCCCAGUAGUUCCCAGUGCAGCAGAAAGCUGCCCAACCAGGCCAGUCUCUCUCUGAAGCAGAUUAAAUCAAGAGGCUGCUACAGUAUUAGACUCAGUGUUUAUUUGAGUUGGUGUCUGGGAAUUAGCAAGACCUAAUGGAUUCUGUCUGACGUUCUGGAGCCUUUAAACUGAUAGAAGUUACCACAGUGCUUCUGGGCAUUCUUCUGGUGUGACUUAGGGGAGAUGUAUAGGGCUCAUUAGCCUGGUUCAGAUCAGUUUGUGCCGUCGAAUAGAUCUGACACUAGACUAGGUUUUCAUAUGAGUUCACAUAUCUCUCUGAAUACUCCCAGAUGCCUCCCGUGUGAUCUGCUGCAAUUUGGUAAAAGUAAUGUUUGGUCUAAUCAUGGUCAGACAGUUUGGUCUCAUGGUUGGGCCCAGCCCAGCCUGUUCAGUGUUGUUUCAGUUAAGUUACGUAAUAUUCUAAAAGCCCAUCUCUUCUCUCUGUUCUUCGUCCCAGGCAGAAGGCUACGGGGGAAAGCAUUUUACUACGUCGGUGGGAAGGUGUUCUGUGAAGAGGACUUUCUGGUAAGUAGUCCAUCUGGAUACUGUAUCUAGAACCCUACAUAGUUUAGCAGUAUGUGAAUAGGGUAUUAUCUAUUUUUCUAAAUGUUUGGCAGCAUGUAUGUGCCUUCCACUGUGUGCUACCGUGACUAUAUGUGACCUCUGGACUCCAGAUUAUAGUUUGAGUUUAAUUUCUUCACCUCGUGGCCCAAGUUCAGGUUUCUAAGGGAUUCUGGAUCAGUUUACUCCCGUAGGGGCAUUAGGGAGGGGGGGUCGGGUAACUGGAGAUAGUACUUAUUUUAGAGGCAUACGCCCCUGGGCAUUGCACAGUGACACCUUGUAUAAAGCAGGACCAGCAGGACGCCCCAUGUUAACCUCAGCUGCCCUGUCACAACAACACGCUCCAUUACAUUACAGUUUGUCUGUAAUUAGUCGAUUAAAUCAGUUGUCCUACUGUCUCAUUUUACAUUUUUACAUUUACGUCAUUUAGCAGACGCUCUUAUCCAGAGCGACUUACAAAUAGGUGCAUUCACCUUAUAGCCAGUGGGAUAACCACUUUACAAUGUUUUUUUUUUUUUUUUUGGGGGGGGGGUGGGUUGGAGUAAAGGGGGGGGGGGGGGGGGGGGGGGGGGGGUAGAAGGAUUACUUUAUCCUAUCCCAGGUAUUCCUUAAAGAGGUGGGGUUUCAAAUGUCUCCGGAAGGUGGUGAGUGACUCCGCUGUCCUGGCGUCGUGAGGGAGCUUGUUCCACCAUUGGGGUGCCAGAGCAGCGAACAGUCUCUGUGCUGCUAAUGAGUCUAACUUACCUCGCCUGGUAUUAGAGGGCUAUUUCUGGACAUUUAUCAUUAAUUAAACAUUAAAUUGAUGUGGGAGAAUUCCCCCAUGUAUCAUAUGAGGUAGACUGGGCUCAUAUGAGAAGAAGACUAUGAGUCAGUCUAAGAUGCCACCAGUUUCCUAUGAGAUGAUGUAGCAGCAGUAACCUCACUGUUCUCCCCUCUCCUCUGUCUGUUCCAGUAUUCUGGAUUCCAGCAGUCUGCAGACAAGUGUAACGCAUGCGGACAUCUGAUCAUGGACAUGGUGAGUGUUUCUGCUGCCUGUGUGUGUGUGUGUUUGUGUGUGUGCGUGUGCUCUCCAUCAGUGUGUUGAGCAGCAGAAACAUGGAGUCACUCCUCCCUCAUAGAACUUCCUGUGGGCACAUCUGGAGAAAGCUUAGGAGGAAGUGGUGGUUUCAGGACACACACACACACUCACACACACACACUAGGGUAAAACCAGGACACAUAGAGAUAAUGUAAAACCCAAGUCCAGUAGUCAUCAGCAGGUGUAGUAACACAUGAAGGAUUUACCAUGACAUGGCUUUACACAUGUUAACCAUACAGAGCUGUAGCAGGGGGGACAGAUCUGUUUUCCUAUUAUUAUCACUGUCUCGCUCUCCAACACACUGCUUCCCUCAGCUACUAAGUCAACUCUAUGCUCCAUGGAUGAGUGAUCAGUGAUCCACUACUUGUUAGAUAUGAUAAAGCAUUGAAAUUCGCUAUCUGCGAGAAGAAGAGCGAGAGCGCGAUAUCGAGAGUGAUAGAUCUCUCUAAUAGCGUCUCUCUCGCUCUCUCUCUAGCUACUCUACUCUCUCUCUCUCUCUCCUCUCUCUCUCCUCCCUCUCUCCCUCUCUCUUUCUCUCUCUCCCUCCUUCCACCUCUAUAGAUCCUGCAGGCCCUUGGGAAGUCCUACCACCCUGGCUGUUUCCGUUGUGUCAUCUGCAACGACAGUCUGGACGGAGUGCCCUUCACUGUGGACACAGAGAACAAGAUUUACUGUGUCAAAGACUACCACAGGUACGUGGGUACAACCAUUAUGAACACUGCACAACAUAAAUAUAUUAGUUUAACUUGCGCUAGCAAUAAGGCCUGAUUGAAGUCAUGUUGCUAUAACAGAAGUCAGCGGCAGUUCCAUUUGGACAUAGCAGGAUCAGGUUUUUGCCACGUGGAGAGGAGUUUCUGACACUGGAGAGGAAGGGGAAGAGAGGAGAGAGGAGAUGUUAGGUAGGAAGGGAUGAGUGUCCUGUGGAAGAGCAAAGGGAGGAGCAGCAGGGGUCACCUCAGCCAAGCACAACAAACACACUGAAUCAGGAAUCUGGUCACAAUGGAAUCCACAGCACCCGGCCAGGCCAGACCAGGGCAACAGCCCAGUAUACUGACAGAACCAGGGGGAACUAUGAGCCAUGGGACCUUAUGUUAGAGCAAUCAGAGCUCACUGUACUGAAACCACCAGAUGUCUUUUCCCACCUAAUCAUGGUGAAUCGUCACUAGCAUUCAUUCACUAGCAUACUGCAAUAACAUCUGCUAAACACGUGUAUGUGACAAAUAAAAUUGGAUUUGAUUUGUAGGUUGCUUUGAGUUAAGGGAUACUUCACCCAAAUUACAAAAUGACACAUUGGUUUCCUUAACCUAUAGGCAGUCUAUGAACAAGGUAUGACAUCAAUCAAUGCUUUGGUUUAAUUUCCCUGGCACUGCUUCCACAUGCUAACAUAUAUCUAGGAUAAGAAAUGUGUGUGGUUUCUUAAUCAGACCUAGUCAUGCCCACUACGCUGAGAGGGCCUUUGUUUUACAGACUCAGACAUUCAGGUGCCAGUCAGCUGCCAGCUGUGUGUGGGUCUGUGUGUAUGUGGGGGGAAAGAAUGAAUGUAUUUUUCUGGAUUGGUUGAAUCACGUGUGAGGCUGAGCCAGCACAUCUGCAGACCUGGCGACUCACCAUCUCUCCUUAGCAGUCUCAACGCUGUCAUACACACACACACUGAAGGGAGAGAGGGGGAAAGGAGGAGAGAAAAGGGGGCUGGUGAAUGAGAGGAAGAAGUAUUAACCAGAAAAGAGUAACAGAUGCAAGUGCUGUAUCUAUAUCAAGCAUGGUGGUCUUUCUGUGGGGAACCAAUAUAAACCAGACAUACAUUUUCCGUCUGAAACUGUUACUAUUUCUAUCAAUUGAUUUAUCUUGUUCUCUCGUUUUCUCAGGGUCUUGGCCCCCAAAUGUGCAGCAUGUAACCAGCCCAUCCUGCCUUCAGAGGUAAUCUCUCUUUGAACACAGCAUCUUCAAGUAAUAGACUAAGGACUUAAAACCAUAAAAUAGGUGUUUUUCUGAUCAUCUUCAUGUCAUGUAUGACAAAAAUACCAAGUUGAUCGGUUGACUAAUAAUAUAAUGAACAAGGCUUGGAAUGGUUCCUGUCUGCAAAGUGACUUCAACAGGAAGAACUCCUGUCCCUAGUAAUGAAUGAUAAUCAAAAUCUUCAGGCAUUUCCUAUAUUAUGGUUUACGAUACAAACACAUCCAUUCCCGUCCAAUGCCGAUAUGGACAGUCACAUUGCAACCCCUGACCUGAUUCCCUCAGGGUAAAGAUUGAUUACCAACCCCAGUGUUGAACUGAGACUGGAGCCAGAUGUGAGGAGAGAGUUUCUCGGGCAUAGCAAACGAUCAAGUAUCCUACUAAGGCAGUAGCAAACGAUCAAGUAUCCUACUGAGGCAGUAGCAAACGAUCAAGUAUCCUACUGAGGCAGUAGCAAACGAUCAAGUAUGCUACUAUCCUAGGUCAGGCUCUAGUGCAGGAGGAGGAGGGGGAAGGGGUGUGCUGUGUUUUAACAUGUUGCACAUGAGCAGGUAUCCCUUUAAGCAACUGUUUGGAUGUAGAGGGACUUGAAAGGGAUCGCAGGCAUGAUGAUCAGCUUUCCCUCUUUAAACAUUUGGAACUCAUUUCUGAAGUCUCGCUCUCUCCUGAGCCAAGCAAGCUGCAGUCAGGAUUCAGGAAGACAUCAAUUUUCACAGCUAUUUACUCAGUCUAAGGUCUGGGCUGAAGCAAUAAACCAACCUGAUAGCAGACCUGGGAACAUCUCUUGUUGUAAUGGCUGCCAUAGUUACACGCAGGUCAGCAGACCCCCCCCCCCCCCCCCCCCCCAAAAAUGUUUAUUUAUUUAGUGCUUGAUUGAGCUGGCGCAAUGGAACCAAUGGAAUUGUCCCAAAAGAGCAAACUCAGCUGAUCUGGCACUCCAUUCAGGCUCAAUCAAACUAUCAACGUAUCUGAAAGAGCACUAUUUGAACCAGAGGCCAGACUAUGACACCAGCCACUGAGGUCUAGAUUCAGGGCUGGGCUUCUAUUUGAGACCUCUGUGUGUAGGCCUACAUGGGGUGGUUUUGGGAGCGGUGUUAGUUGCAUUUUUCGGUGUGUGAUUCAGAUGCAGGCACUGCACCCUACGCCUCACUCAGUGCAUGACUUUUGCCCUUAACGUUAUCCCUCCCUCAAAUUGUUUUUCUCCAAAAUUAGAGUUGACUCUACAGGAAUGUUGCCCCUCCUCACUGAGGCUGGAAGGGUAGAAUUCAGAGCAGGGGGUAGUUUGUGUUACACCUGCAUGUACGUUGUCAUGAAAAAGGCCAGAUAAAUUCCUGCCUACUAGCAGGUGGUUUGUAGAAGGGACCACAGUACAGUACAAGGGGGAGAGUUUAGAAUAUCUUUUAUUUAACGUGUAUAACUAGUUUUAAAUGAGUUGAUAGAUAGCAGAACAUCUUCCAUAUACCCUCCUGCUGAUCCUUUGGCUGAUAUAGAAUAUAAGAAGUCAGUUAACUGAAUAGUUAAUUCUAUCAUAAUGUCAAUUCUGACAAGCCUUACUUUAUUAUCACUUAACAAUUAUAUAUAACCACAUGACCAUGAUGAAUAGCUUGUGUGAUGAUGGUAAUAAUUGGUGAAAGUCUGAUACAUACUGGACAUUCCAGCUGUAGUACCUGCCCUCUGAAGCUGUAGCAGGCUGAACCCAGACUGUCUAUCAGAAGCUGACUGUUGGUUUAGCCUUGGUCUUUGACACCUGGCUGUUUUCUCAGGUGAAGGUUCACAGUACUGUCCAGAAUGCUGGUGUUGGCCAAAGGACACGUUUCUACAGAACUACCAUCUUGCCAAUCUUGGCCUAUUAGUAGGCCUAUUUCAAAUGCUGUAGUUUGUAAACGUUGGAAGUAAAAGGACACAAAUGGAUGUCAGGAUAAAGCCUAGUUAGCUAGCCUGCUGGUUGAUAUAUCAGCAGUAAUUAGCUUACUGUACCUGUUAGCAAUCACAGCUAACUAUAGCCCCCCCCCCAAAAAAAUGAGGCUAAAUGACAAAGCAAUGGACAGGCCUAUAACGGAAAGGGAUCAUUUUAUCAAUGGACGCUCAGCAUGUAAAAACAAAUGUACUGUAGGCUAUCUAAGGAGCUCAACAGUCCUCUCUGAAGGUGGAGAUCUCAAGGUAGUGGUGGUCAAUCUAUCAUUUGAGUGUUGACUUAUGUCAUUGUUAUGAUUAUGUCACUGAUGGAUUCCAUAAUUUUGGUGUUGUGACAUCAUAAUACAUGCUAUUACAGGCACAGCAUUACAUAUAGGUCGUUGUCAAUAGAACAUCACAAUAAGAUGUAGAGUGUUUGAUUUGUCUGCUGGGGGGCAAGGAGUCAUUUCAGAUACGUGAGGGUAGCCUCAUGAUAUCUCUCAAUAUUGGCCACCAUUAAUUGGAUAUUUGGGUGAUCUGAAAUAAAAGUGAAUUAUACCUGACAAGGAUGAGUGGUUUAAGUUAAUUUCCCGUCCUUUGUGGGCUCUGCCUGUCAAACAGCAGAAGGGUGCAUUUGCCGAUGUACUGUUAACUGAUAAUGUUUACUUUGCAAGCUACCGGUAGAAACUUUGUACAGUUGGCGAAACAUAGGGGUAAUUACCUAAUGUAAUUUUUUCUCCAACCAAUGUAGGCCUACUAGUGAAGUUAGCUAACAUUAUCCCCUCUUCAACAGCUGGCUACAUGCCAAAUGAUAGGCUACCCUUACGUAUCUGAAAAUACAUGAUCAAUUGAUGUUUACUGAUCAUGAAAAGCAUGCAGUUACUUGCUGUAUAACUCUGAUGAUAGAACUACAUGUGGAAUAAUCUGAAAUGUGUAGUUCUGACUAUGCUCUUCAAGAGGUGAUAUUAAAACCAAAUAGUUAUAACAUUUAUUUAACAAUCCCUUGAAAACGGCAUGCAGUUGUCAAUGGUUUUAGCAGGCAAAUUGAACGCUCUGCACCUUGUGACGUUUUAUUGAUAACAACCUAUAGAAUCCCAUUUGAAUAGGAUCUCUUUGGUUACAGGACUCUGAUUGGCUGACGCAUUUCCCACUGUCACCUGCACCUGCACAAUAUGAAAAGUGCACUGAAUUGAAUGCACUCUGUUACUGCCAAAAUUGACUUAUGGUUUUGAACAUUAAAAAGAAUACAAAAAACUUUGCUGACAACUACUGAGGAAAAAUGUACUUACUAUGACUGUGAUAUGUGUUUGUCUCACCCAUAUAAUCAUUUAAUAGGAUCUUUAUGGUCUCACCUAGCUAUCUUAAGAUGCACUAACUAUAAAUGGCUCUGGAUAAGAGAGGCUGCUAAAUGUCAAGACAUUAUUAUAUAUUUUUUACUUUAAAAAGUCCACUGAACAGAGCCACCUGUCAUAUGUUUCUCCCAUACCUGACAUUGGCCGUAUCAAAAAUGUGAGAGUUGUCCGGGCCAAGCACGCCAUGUUUAAUUGUUUUAAAUGAACCGAUGCAGCCUAUACUGAUAGACACUGGGGUUCAGUGGACACUGAAAAGGCUGUCUGUUUGUCUCCACAGGGCUCUGAUGAAACCAUCCGAGUGGUAUCCAUGGAUAAAGACUACCACGUGGAGUGCUAUCACUGUGAGGUAGGUAAACAUUAAGAUACAAAUUCGCUUGUUGUUUUCCAAUAUCCUUGUAGAGACUGGAUGUUCUGUGUUGUUGGUGACAAGACUAAAUGUUAAAGCUGUCAUCUUAGUAAGUAUAUCCACUAUAAAACGCCUCAUUAUUUCUCUACAUGAAUGCGCUUAAAUACCAGGGGGUAGAUCCUAUACCAUAUGUCAGCCUUCUCAUCAUAUCAAGAACUCCCUAUUUCAGUCAUCAUUUAGUCUUUUAAAAUAAACGUUAGAGAGAUUUGGUUCGGGGUUCUGCGAUUAGUCGUCAUAAAGUAAACAGAAUUUAAAAGGAAAAAGUGUCGGGAGAAUAGUCUCACUUCGCAUGGUCACAUAUUCUGGAAAGCUAUUUACUGCACACAGACCAUAGACAAGGUGGUCCCAGUGCUUAAUUACAGUCUUGGUACUAAUUGCGAGCUAGAAAGAGGAGCUCAAGCACAUGCUAAUUUGCUUUGCUCGUCAAUACUGUCUGAUGAUUCUCCUCAAGUGCCUCUUCUCCUGACUCCCGCCUCAAUAGCAUUUGAUUGGCAUAUGGAGUUCUGAGAGCACUUGAAAACAAACAGCAGUGAGCCGUGUGGAGACGAGAGCUUUUGAGGGAUCUCUCUCUCUGAAUAGCUCCACUGUGGAAGCCAGAUAAACAAUUAAUAAGAGUGGAGAGCAUGCCAAGAGUGUGCAAAGCUGUCAUCAAGGCAAAGGGUGGCUAUUUGAAGAAUCUCAAAUACAGUGGGGAGAACAAGUAUUUGAUACACUGCCGAUUUUGCAGGUUUUCCUACUUACAAAGCAUAGGUACACUUCAACUGUGAGAGACAGAAUCUAAAACAAAAAUCCAGAAAAUCACAUUGUAUGAUUUUUAAGUAAUUAAUUUACAUUUUAUUGCAUGACAUAAGUAUUUGAUCACCUACCAACCAGUAAGAAUUCCGGCUCUCACAGACCUGUUAGUUUUUCUUUAAGAAGCCCUCCUGUUCUCCACUCAUUACCUGUAUUAACUGCACCUGUUUGAACUCGUUACCUGUAUAAAAGACACCUGUCCACACACUCAAUCAAACAGACUCCAACCUCUCCACAAUGUCCAAUACCAGAGAGCUGUGUAAGGACAUCAGGGAUAAAAUUGUAGACCUGCACAAGGCUUGGAUGGGCUACAGGACAAUAGGCAAGCAGCUUGGUGAGAAGGCAACAACUGUUGGCGCAAUUAUUAGAAAAUGGAAGAAGUUCAAGAUGACGCUCAAUCACCCUCGUCUGGGGCUCCAAGCAAGAUCUCACCUCGUGGGGCAUCAAUGAUCAUGAGGAAGGUGAGGGAUCAGCCCAGAACUACACGGUAGGACCUGGUCAAUGGCCUGAAGAGAGCUGGGACCACAGUCUCAAAGAAAACCAUUAGUAACACACUACGCCGUCAUGGAUUAAAAUCCUGCAGCGCACGCAAGGUCCCCCUGCUCAAGCCAGCGCAUGUCCAGGCCCAUCUGAAGUUUUCCAAUGACCAUCUGGAUGAUCCAGAGGAGGAAUGGGAGAAGGUCAUGUGGUCUGAUGAGACAAAAAUAGAGCUUUUUGGUCUAAACUCCACUCGCCGUGUUUGGAGGAAGAAGAAGGAUGAGUACAACCCCAAGAACACCAUCCCAACCGUGAAGCAUAGAGGUGGAAACAUCAUUCUUUGGGGAUGCUUUUCUGCAAAGGGGACAGGACGACUAAACCGUAUUGAGGGGAGGAUGGAUGGGGCCAUGUAUCGCGAGAUCUUGGCCAGCAACCUCCUUCCCUCAGUAAGAGCAUUGGAGAUGGGUCGUUGUCAUGUUGGAAGACCCAGCCACGACCCAUCUCCAAUGCGAAACACACAGCCAGGGCAACUAAGGAGUGGCUCCGUAAGAAGCAUCUCAAGUUCCUGGAGUGGCCUAGCCAGUCUCCAGACCUGAACCCAAUAGAAAAUCUUUGGAGGGAGCUGAAAGUCCGUAUUGCCCAGCGACAGCCCCGAAACCUGAAGGAUCUGGAGAAGGUCUGUAUGGAGGAGUGGGCCAAAAUGCCUGCUGCAGUGUGUGCAAACCUGGUCAAGACCUACAGGAAACGUAUGAUCUCUGUAAUUGCAAACAAAGGUUUCUGUACCAAAUAUUAAGUUCUGCUUUUCUGAUGUAUCAAAUACUUAUGUCAUGCAAUAAAAUGCAAACUAAUUACUAAAAAAUCAUACAAUGUGAUUUUCUGGAUUUUUGUUUUAGAUUCCGUCUCUAACAGUUGAAGUGUACCUAUGAUAAAAAUUACAGACCUCUACAUGCUUUGUAAGUAGGAAAACCUGCAAUAUCGGCAGUGUAUCAAAUACUUGUUCUCCCCACUGUAUAACAUAUAUUUUGAUUUGUUUAACACUGUUUUGGUUACUACAUGAUUCCAUAUAUGUUAUUUCAUAGUUUUGAUGUCUUCACUAUUAUUCUACAAUGUAGAAAAUAGUAAAAAUAAAGAAAAACCCUGGAAUGAGUAGGUGUGUCCAAACUUUUGACUGGUACUGUAUGUAUUUUAAACCAGCAUUUUGAAUACAAAUGUAGCAGUUCAGAUCCCAUAGAAUCGGAUAGAUGUAGACGGAAUCACAUAGAUGUAAUUCUAUGUAAAUGUUAUGUAAAUAAACAAAAACCUUUUGGGGUAAUGUUCAAGUGUUAUUAGAUUUAUUUAAAGGCUUUUCACAUCUCAUCCCCCUGUGUUGGUCUGUAGGACUGUCAGAUGGAGCUGAAUGACGAGGAGGGGCACCGCUGCUACCCGCUAGACGGCCACCUCCUCUGCCACGCCUGCCACCUGAAGCACAUCGAGCCGGGCUGCGCCUCGCCCACCGCUGCCUCCUACCAGCACCAGUUCUAGUCCUAGGAUCUAGUGCAUGGUGCCACCAGGUGGCCCUCUGAACUAACUGCCAAUAAUCUACCACAACCAAUCUGCCAAAAAAAGCUGUCUAUAAUGGUUGGAAUGAUAAUGUAUGCCUUUACUGUACAUCUCUGAUAGGGUUAAUUGUGCGAUUGGUUGAUUGAUUGAUUGAUUGCGUGUGUGUGUGCGUGUGUGGGAGUGUGCAUGUAAUUGAGAUAGACCUGUUAUUAUUUUUGAUGU